GUCUGCUGGUCUUCUUUGGCAUUCGUGGCGUAAUUAGAACGAUAAUUGGGGUGAGGGGAUAUUCAUAUAUCCAGUUCUGCAAUAGCUUACUACAGAAAUCCGUCGGGCAGAACUGAAAAUAUGAUUAUUCACAUUUAUCGUUCUAGUUACGCGCCUGUUUGGCAUGCAAAGCCAUGCGUGAAAUUGCCGAUCCAGGGCAAGUCAGAAUGAAUUACUACAACAGCUCUAACGUGCAUUAGUAUACACCCGACUCUUGUCUAUUAAAAAUCCUACAUUCUGAUUGGCUACUCAACCAUUGUCUAUUCGUGAUGGUGCACGUUUGGGAAAAAUCAAAACAAACAUGAAAAAAUAUGGCAGUAAACUCUCGUUUUGCCGAGGUUUCUGAGGAAUUUUUAGAGAGUUUGAUCGAGAAUUCUGUCCCUGCAAAAACUAAACAGGCUACAAAAUAUUGCAUGAAAAUUUUCAAUGGUAAGGAACGAAAUAGAAAACUGUAUUUUAUUAAUAAAUCUGCUUUUAUUCGGCGCUCACGAGUGGUUAAAUAGGCCUAAAUUCACAACAUUUUCGUCAAUUUGCACUAUAAAAACUGUAUUUUUAGAAUGGUUUGCCGCACAGUCUAAAUUCACUACACCAAUGGAACAAAUGGCCAAAGACGAGCUUUGUCAGUGCCUCCAAAUAUUUUAUGCCGCUGCAAGACAAAGAGACGGUAGCGAAUUUAAAGUUACUACGCUUCGCAAUAUACGUUCAGCGAUUGACAGGCAUUUAAAACAAGCACCAAACAACAAGCCUUGGUCGAUAAUUGCUGACCCUGCAUUUGAGAAAGCCAACAAAACCCUGAAUGCUAUUUGUAAGAAACAGACGAGGGAAGGAAAAGUCGGAGCAAUUGUCCACAAAGCUGCAAUCACGCCAGAACAACUGGAAAAAUUGUAUGAAAGUGGCCAGCUUGGCAACAGCGACUCGCAAAAUCCUCGUCAGCUCAUGCAAACAGCUUGGUUUUAUAUUACCCUCUAUUUUGGUAAACGAGGCCGAGAAAAUCUAGGAAAACUUACCAAACAAAUGCUGGUCCUUCGCUCAACAACACAAGGACGCCGAUACUUCCGUCGCGAAGCGUUAAUUUCAACAAAAAACCACCAAGGCGGUCUGAACGACAACAUCGACGAAGCUGACGGCAAAAUGUUUGAAGUUCCCAAUUCACCUCGUUGUCCAGUUAAAACCGUUGAAAACCUAAUGAAGCACCUUAAUCCAAAUCACGACGCUUUGUUUCAACGGCCAAGAGAAAUUUGUGCCAAGUUUCAUGUAGACAGUGAUGAGGUUUGGUUCUGUAAUUCUCCCCUUGGUAUAAACACGCUCGUGAAUCUACUCAAGACAAUGUCGAAAGCCGCCGGGAUAGUCCCCCACCUAACAAAUCAUUGCAUUCGAGCUACGUCUGUCACAGUUUUGUCCGACCACAAUAUAGAGGCAAGACACAUCAAAGCCGUUACUGGUCACAAAUCUGACUUCUCCAUUCAGUCGUACAGCGCGAGAGCAUCUUUCGAACAAAAGGAAAACAUGUCGAAUAUCCUAAGUCGCUUCGUCUCGGGCGAGAGUAAUCCUUCCAUUCAGUCUAGCCACUGCAGCUCUACUUACAGCAAGUCAGACCUUAUGCAAACAUCAUCCUCAAAUUCGACGUCUUUAGCACCUGAAAUGACUGAUCGAGCUAGUCCUGAUGUCCAGUUUCGCAUAGAAAACCAAGCCACAAAUAUCCAGAUGCAAGCUCCACAAUCGUUCAAUUUCCAUGGCUGCACAGUGUCAAUCUUUAACAACAACUACACCAGACAAGAAUGAUCGUUCCCACUUUCCCGUUGAACUUUUCUUCCCUUGGUAGUUGUUUCUUUUAUAACAUUUAAGAAGAAAUCUUACUUACGAACGUUUUUUGGGCAUCUUAAAACCAAACUGUUUGCUUGUGACCGUUGAUCUCGCGUGUAUUAUACGUAUUGUUUACAUGUCAUUUUAUGUCGCGUGAGUGACGUUCGCGCGACCGUAUAAAAUUAAAUUAAUUAAAUUAUUUUU